AUGGCUAUGACCAAGCCUCAUUUCCAAGCUGAUAAAGACGAAAUAAGCCUGGACAAGGUCGCCUUUGCUACAACAUCAAACCCCGAGGGCUUACCAUUGUAUGGGGCAAUGAUGAGCGCUAUUGGAAAUUACCAAAGGAGUGGUGAUCCCGUGGAGCUGCUUCAGGUUUCUUGGCUGGAAGUGACGGCCACAGUUAACUUAAAUCCUAAGAAGGAGUAUGAAAUUAGCUUUGAAGUAGAACUGGCACCAGAUGCAUUUGGUUGGAGAGACAUACAAGCUUUCUUGAUGGCCAAGGUAGGGAAAAAGGGAAAGUACAGAUGGACAAAAGUUAAACUAGCGCAGGAUUCAAAUGUAGGCAGAUUCACAAUUCCUGAUACAAACGGGAACGGCCAGACAUUUAGCAUUAGGAGUGAUGAUGAUGCGAAUGCCGACAACACGCUUCAUUUUGGUCUGUAUGAAGUCUGGAGUGGAAAAUGGAAGGGAGGCUUGAAAAUUUAUGGAGCAAAUGUCAAAGAAGUAACUGGAAAAUGA